AUGCCGGUACCAUUCGGCGUCUCGGUAGGCGACUUCAUCUCAGGCCUCGAGCUCAUCCACGACAUCAUCAAAUGCCUAAAGGAUAGUACCGGAGCAAAAGCGCAGUAUCGCGGUAUUAUUGCCGCGCUCAAAAGCUUAGAGACUGCGCUAACACAGGCUCGCAACGUCAGUGCGCAGCUUGAGGAUGAGCGGUCGAUUGAGGAGAUCGUGAGGCGGAGCGAGGAAAGCAUACGCCUGUUUGUAGGCAAGGUGAACAAGUACCACCAUGCUCUGGGCCACGAACAUGUCAAGCAGUGGAAGGCAUGCCUCCGCAAGAUCCAGUGGCAGUUAUACAGCAAGGAAGAUGUCGCAGGCUUCCAGCAUGAGAUACGAAGCCACGUGGCCGCGUUGAGCGUGGUCAUGAUCAGCUUGUCCCACAACACCACUGUCCAGGCUAGUCAGCACAAUCUACAAGUACACGCGCAGACGGCCAACGAACUUCAACAACAGAGACGGCAGCUGAACCAGCUUUCAGAAUCGCAGUCAAGAAUGUCGACCUCAUUGGCAGUGCUUGGAAGGACUUUCGAGCAGCUGAUGUAUGGCAUUGCCAUGAUGUCCAUCAUACUGUGCAGCCAGUUGCGGCUGCUUAUGGAGAGGCUGCCGAGCCGGAUCGAUCUUCGUCUAGCAUAUUUCACUGAUGCCCACGGCAAUCCAUUCAUCAUCGACCCCAACUUGACUUUGACAUGGCGGACUUUCCACUCGCUGCUUUACGACAACUUCGCCAAUCGACCGGGUCUUCAUCGUGUUCGGCGUGGCUUGUUUCGACUUCACGAUCGAUUCGCUCGCAGCGAACUUGAUGCGUCACAGCCCUUCAUCUCGGCAUUCCGGCCUGGUCGAUACAUUGACAUGAGCAUCCUCUUUCAAGCUAGCGAGGUUGAGACGGAAGCGUGCCCGAGAUGCGGCAACUCUAAGGCCCCAGGUAACACGCGUGAGCAUACAUGUUCGCAGUGUGGCCUCUGGUACAAGAGGUUUCUGGACUAUGAUCACACGCCCAUGGUUCCACUAGAUGAACAAUCGCAAGGCGCGCCGAUAACCAAAGAAUUCCGUGUGCUUGACAUCACACCUGGCCCAGAUUCGCCCACCACUAUCAAUGGCGUUUUGCGGAUCGUAUCACUACACGACGAGCCGGAUUACAUCACCCUCUCUUAUAUACGGGAUGACUCUGCCAAGGCAAGCGUGGUGGAGAUCAAUGGCAAGAACGUGCAAGUAACAGAUAAGUUAUACGCCGCCCUGAGAGCUCUCCGAUCCCAAAAUCAGUCUACAAUGUGGAUCGGUGCUCUCUGUAUCAAUCAACAGGAUCUCGAGGAGAUGUGCGAGCAGAUGAACAUGAUGGAGACGAUAUAUGAAACUGCGACGCAUAUGAUGGAGCGGUAG